AUGAUUACAAAAAUGCCCUUGAGAAUUGCAAGAACCUUGUUUCCCUUGAACCUUCCUGGAUCUCAAAUCAGUCUUCCACAAUCAUUAAUUGAAAUAAAUCAGCUACUUUAACUUAAAGAAAAGGAAAAUUUGUUUGAAACCGUUACAAUAAACAAUAAUCCCUAAUUAUGUGAAUAACUGAGAUGGAAUGGUUUCAAAUUCAAAGAUUUUGAAGACCAAUUAAGAAUAGAACUAAGUAAAAAUGUAGAAAAUGUUUAAAUUUUAAUUUGUAUUGAUUUCUAAAACAGAUAAUAAUCAAUCGAGACAGACAUUAUUGAUAGUUAAAUAGUCCAAAUUCAAGGUUCUUCAGAAAUCUCCCUUAGUUCUUUAUAAAGAACCUCAUCUCCAUUUAGUAUUUAUCUGACCAAAGGAAAUGGAAUCAUCUCGUGUUAUGAAUGUCUGGCCCUCAAUGGGAAGAUAACAAUUGAAAUGAUUUCGAUUAUUGAUGACAUCGAAGAACAUAAACAAAUAUCUAGAGAAUGUAGAGGAUUGGAAGAUUAUAAUGGAAGCAAUCAUCUCAUCGAUGAAUCUAUAUAACAGGAAAUGUUGAAUUACUUAAAGACUUUUGAAAUAGAUUCAGAACUUGCUCAAUUUGUACAACAUAUUCAACUAUAAAAAGAGCAAGUUCUAAAUGAAAUUUAUUUGAAAUCCAAGGCUGUACUUCAUGAUUGA